UUGUAUUUAGACUAAACAACACAUAACACCAGCUUAAUUAUAAGCUUCUUGGUAAAGAGGUCCAAAAAGUUGAUCGGAUAAUAUUAUUACCAUCCAAAUUCGAAGUCGCCGUCGGUAAACAUAGUAGUCGGUCAUCGGAAGCUUCAGAAGUCCUUCCUCCGGUGACUUCAUCGGAGUCAGCAAUUCAAUUCGUCAAUAAGAAACGAAACGGCGGGGAGGAAUUUCGCCGGAGAAAUUGACAUCGAAGUCCUUUCAACUAUCAGUUCACCAGCAUCGCGAUAAACGAAUCAGGUUUUAAUUGAAAUUGUGGAAGAUGAAGAUCACUGUAAUGACAACUGACGAACAAAUCGUCACUCUCGAUGUGGAUCGUGACGAAUCUGUAGAGAACCUGAAAGCUUUGCUGGAAGUUGAGACACAAGUGCCUCUGCAACAGCAGCAGCUUCUGUACAAUGGGAAGGAAAUGAGGAAUUCUGACAAACUGAGUGCUGUAGGCGUUGGUGAUGGUGACUUGGUAAUGAUGGUGUCUAGUGCAGCAUCCCAGUCUAGUGCCCCUGCAAAUGACUUGAGCUUCAAACAAGAUGGAUCUGCAGUAAAUCCUUCAGCUUUCCAACAACACUUGCGAAAUGAUUCAAAUUUGAUGGCCCAACUUUUUCAGAAUGAUCCUGAGUUAGCACAAGCUGUCCUUGGGAAUGACCUAAAUAGGCUACAAGAGCUUCUACGCUUGCGUCAUCAGCAUAAAUCAGAGCUACGGCGUCGUCAAGAAGAGGAGAUGGCACUGCUGUAUGCUGAUCCAUUCGAUGUCGAGGCACAAAGGAAAAUUGAAGAGCAAAUUCGCCAGAAAGGAAUUGAAGAAAAUUGGGCAGCUGCACUAGAACACAAUCCUGAAGCUUUUGGAACUGUGGUUAUGUUAUAUGUUGACAUGGAAGUAAAUGGUCAUCCUCUAAAGGCUUUCGUGGAUAGUGGAGCUCAGUCAACAAUUAUAUCUAAAAGCUGUGCAGAACGUUGUGGAUUGUGGAGAUUAUUAGAUACACGCUACAAGGGAAUUGCUCGUGGAGUUGGUCAAACAGAGAUACUAGGUCGUAUUCAUGUUGCUCCAAUCAAGAUUGGAAAAAUCUUCUACCCUUGUUCUUUUGUGGUGCUGGAUUCUCCCAAUAUGGAAUUUCUGUUUGGACUUGAUAUGCUUCGCAAGCACCAGUGCAUGAUUGAUCUGAAGGACAAUGUUCUGAGAGUUGGCGGAGGAGAGGUUGCUGUACCAUUUCUACAUGAGAAGGAUAUUCCCAGUCAUUUUCUCGAUGAGAGGAAGGCCGAGGCUUCGAGCUCAGGAGCCCAGGCAACAUCUGGAGCAACGGGGAAGACCGAUCCUACAAAAGGAAGUCCUUCUGGAAGUGCCGGUGGGAACUUAACACAGGGACCUGAAUUUGAAGCCAAAGUUGCAAAGCUUGUUGAGUUAGGCUUUGGAAGGGAGGCAGUAAUACAAGCUCUCAAGUUUUUUGAUGGUAACGAAGAACAAGCUGCUGGAUAUCUAUUUGGGGGUUGAUUAUUUUCCCUUUUCUGUCAUAGAAUUAAGAUUUAUGGCUUAACUUGUAUACUCAAAACAUUUUUUUGGGCAUUCGAACUCGUCUUUGAAAUUAAUUAUUAUUGUUGGACACAAAAUUAACCUUGUUGUCCUGCUGAUGGAUUUGCUCAGGGAGUGGAAUUCAAGGUGAA